ACAAUCCAGCACAGCACACAGAGAAGACAGUGAGACCCGGCGGAGAACUCAGAGGAAGAGGAGGAGGAGGAGGAAUCACCUGCGACGGAGAUGCAGCAGCCGCAGCUGGACUUACAAGCUUUGCCGGAAGGUUGCAUUGCCAACCUGAUCUCGUUGACCAGUCCUCCAGAUGCAUGCAGGAUUGCAGGGUCUCCUUGCAGGGUCUCCUUGCAUCAGGUCGGCCGCUGAAUCCGACGCCGUUUGGGACAAGUUCAUUCCGCCUGUGACAUACACGAUCCUUUCCCAGUCCAAUUCCCUCUCCUCUACCCCUCCCAAAUCAGAGGAGCUCUACAUGGCUCUCUGCGACAACCCCGUCCUCAUCGACGAGGGCAAUAUGAGCUUUUCACUGGACAAAUGGAGUGGGAAGAAGUGCUAUAUGAUAGCUGCAAAGCGCCUUCGGAUUGCAUGGGGUGAUACUCCUAAUUAUUGGACACGGAAAUCUCUGCUUGAGUCCAGGUCGGUACAUUUUUUUCACCAUCCGUUUAAGGAGGCGGCCAAGCUUCAUUUUGUAUGCUGGCUUGAAAUCCGUGGGAGAAUUGAAACACACAUGCUGUCCCCAUCCACAACGUAUAAAGCUUAUCUGGUGUACAAGUUAACUAAACGCACUUAUGGACUAGACUGGCCUGCCGUGGUCAAAGUUGGUGCAAGAGCUUAUGGAUUUGAUUAUGAAUGCCCUGGUUUGAAGGAAAUAACUACAGGUAUUAAGCACACUGCGAUUCUGGUGCCCCAAAGAAAAAUACAAGGACAUCUCGCAAGACAUCAUGAAAUCAAUGAAGUUAGAUUUCCAAAUGAAAGCAGGGCGGAUGGGUGGCUGGAGAUGGAGCUGGGUGAGUUUCACUGUCAAGGAGACGAAGACGUGAAGUUGGAAAUGAUUUGUUGUGAGACUAGUAUGGGUAAGAGUGGUCUCCUUGUUCAAGGGAUUGAGAGUGGAAUUCCUAUGGCGUCCGAGUCUGACUACCACCAAUUUGUGGCCACCAGGUUUGAGAGGCCUUCAGGCUUGUGCGCCUGCGGCAAUGGAUUAGUUUGGUUUAAUUGGGAUACUCUCGAUGACCUCGGCCAGGAUACUGGCUGA